AGCAAAAAUGUAAAUUCAAGAUAUCCCAAGGAGAAAAUUGUAAAUUGACCCACGAGUUGACUUUUGAUUUGCAGGCCUUCUCUCUCUAGUCUACAAAGCCCGUCUCCUUCUUCCUCCUACACCACACAAGAAAAGAAAAAAAUGUCUUCCCAUAACCCCCCGGCACUGGAUCCGGAUACGGAUCAACCAAACAACCCUGGUCACGAAUUGGCUCAGUUCGGGGCGGGUUGUUUUUGGGGUGUUGAGCUAGCCUUUCAGCGACUGGAGGGUGUCGUGAAAACGGAAGUGGGCUACUCGCAAGGCCACGCGGAUAAUCCUAAUUACAAUUUGGUUUGCACCGGAUCUACCAAUCACUGUGAGGUUGUUCGGGUGGAGUUUGACCCGGCUGUUUGUCCGUACACUAACUUGUUGUCUCUCUUUUGGUCUCGUCAUGAUCCCACUACCCUCAAUCGUCAGGGUGGUGAUGUGGGUACCCAGUAUAGAUCAGGGAUAUACUAUUAUAACGAAGAACAAGCUGGUUUAGCAAAGGAAUCAUUGGAAGAAAAACAGAAAAGUUUUAAAAACAAGAUUGUGACGGAAAUUCUUCCAGCCAAAACAUUCUACAGAGCUGAGGAGUACCACCAGCAGUACCUGGAAAAGGGUGGCCGUCAGGGUUCCAAACAGAGUGCUGCAAAGGGAUGCACUGACCCCAUCAGGUGCUACGGGUAACAAAUCACGCCACCGUAUCAAUACUAACUAAUCUACAAUAAAUACCAGACUUAUGCUGUCUGUGUUUGUUUGCUUUUAGUUGGACAAAUCACAAUCAUGUUAUAUUGAUGAAUCAUUAUACAUUAUAUAAAUACAUCAAGAUUAUAAAUUAUGUGUUGUUUAGAGUUCGUCUUUGAGAGAUGAUGUAAGAAAUGAUUUGGGCUUCCAUUGCUAUGCCACAAAGCCCUUUUUUAUCA